UUGAGUGACGUGACAGGGAGCCAAAGGCUAGCCGGCUCAGUUGGAGUUGGCUCUGUCAGCGGGGUAGGCCUGUUUAUUUUCGAAGCCGCAGCUUGCCUCCUCAAGGCAUGAAGGAAGAUAAGGAGAAUACCAAACCCAGGGAGAAGAAAGUGGAGGUCAAAUAUGAGGAAAGGGCAGAGAAACCCGAAAAGAAGGAGAAAAAAGAGGUCUUGACCAAGGUGGUGAUCCGUCGUUUGCCUCCAAGUCUAACAAAAGAGCAAUUAGAAGAGCAACUUGCCCCUUUGCCUGAGCAUGAUUAUUUCGAGUUUUUCUCUACCAAUUCAAGUUUGUUUCCGCACAUCUUUUCAAGAGCGUACAUCAACUUUAAAAAUCAAGAUGACAUUGUCCUCUUCAGGGAUCAGUUUGAUGGCUAUGUUUUCAUUGAUAGCAAAGGGCAGGAGUACCCUGCUAUUGUAGAGUUUGCACCUUUUCAGAAAAUUCCAAAAAAGAAGAGCAAGAAGAAAGAUACAAAAGUGGGCACUGUUGAAGAUGGUAUGGAUCCUUUACAUUUUAGUGAUGAUCCUGAAUACAAAAAGUUUUUGGAGAGUUAUAAUAAUGCAGAUGAUGAAAAAAAUUCAAACAAUCCUGAAACACUUCUGGAAGAAAUUGAAGCUAAAACUAAAGAGUUAGCAGCUAAGAAAACCACACCCCUUUUGGACUAUGUGAAAAAUAAACAGAGAAUAAGAGAGGAAAAAAGAGAAGAAAGGAGAAGAAGAGAGUUGGAAAAGAGGCGACUCCGUGAAGAAGAAAAGAGAAAGUGGAGGGAGGAUGAAAGACGGAAAAGGAGAGAAGCGGAGAAGCAAAAGAAGAUUUUAGAAAAAGGAUUUGAAAAAGACAAGGACAGAUCAAAGGAUGAGCCAAAGAUAAAACUUCUGAAGAAGACAGAUAAAGGGGAUGACUCUAGUUUAGAAAAGCCAAGGGAGAAAGUGAAGAAACUGGAGAGAGAGAGAGCUAAAGAGGACAGACCAUUCACUGGACAGGGUAAACGCCUGGAGAGCUCCAUCAAGGAAGAUAAAGGAAAGAAGCAUGACAGAGUUGAAGAUGAUGGUGGAAGAGACUACCGAGAUAAAGAAGAUCGGGAACGUGAGCGAAGACUAAAGGAGAAGGAGCGUCAGAAACGGCAGGAUGAAGAACGGUGGAAGCCAAGGGAGCGAUGUGAGGCAGACAAACCUUUUAGAAAGAAAGAUGAAGAGAUUAAGAAGGAAAAGGAUCAAACAAAUGAGAAGACCAGGAAGAAGGAAAGCUUAGAAGCUGUAUCAAGUUAUGACAGGUUGGAGAAAGGAAAAGAAGAGAAGAAGGAGGACGGUACAGCAAAGAAGGAACGAAUCCGAAACAAGGACCGUCCAACUAUGCAGCUGUACCAGCCAGGAGCACGGAGUCGUAGCCGAUUAAUGACCUGUGCAAAGUCUAAUGACAGCAACAUAAAGUCACCAGAAGCAAGCGAGGAGAAAAAGGAGGAAUUUGAGGCUUCCAGGAAUUUUGCAGAAAAGGAAAGUGAAGAAUGAAAAGGCUGCUGCUAGUUCAAGGGUUGAGCAGUCACAGCACACUAACCAAGUGCGGGGAAGUCCAAAAGUGUGCUUAUUGGAGAGGAGUUCAGAGAACAAGGCUGGUGUGGAUUUCUUGUCAGAUAAAAUGUUUGAAACUGGUAAUUACCCUAUUUUAAGAAUAGAGGUCUUGUUUUGCCAUCAUGAUUGUGAUCAGGCACGAAAACGCAAGAGCAUUGAUUGCAGUUGGAAGUUAACUGGGAUGUAAAUUAGACAUUGCGCUUGCUAGACAGGUGGUAAUGACUCUGAAAAUAUACUAGUCAACAGCUUUUGAUAUGAUAUUAAUGAUACACCCCAUCAUUUGCUUCAGCAGGCAGAUGGCAAAUAAAGGAAAUGCUCUGUCAGCUACAGCAGAAUUAUACCAACAAAUGCUAAUAACAUACCUAGGUCAUAAGUUAAAACAAGCUUGGAGCACCAUUUACUGAUUAUAGCAUGGGAGACCAAAUUCUUAGGGGCCUUAUCGACCUUUUCAUUUGCAGAAUGAAUGUAAAGACCUGGGGGAUGGGGUGUGGAGGCAACAGGCAAAGUAGCAUUUAUUUUUUCACACUUGUCAUACGUGCUGCAUUCUAGGGUUAGACUUGUCCAAGUUUCAGUCGCAAUUUGUAUUGCAAGGACUGUGUUGAGGUGAUGUAAUUCUUAGUUCCAUUCUGCUACUUUUUAGAAAUCUAGUUACUAAGUUAGUGAUAUCUGUGGGAAAAGCUUGGAAGAUUCUAACUUUGUUCAUUUCCUGUGCCAAUCCAGUUCUUUUUAAAUUGUAUCCCACCGUCCAGCUAUGUAUACUGUACAUAUGAGAACUAACUGGAAAAUAGUUGGAAAUUAUUUGUGCAUCAUCAAAAAUUUGCUUUCGAUGUACCUCUGUUUCAUUCAUGGCACUACGCAUUACCUUUGGCAAUCUGGCAGCAUCAUUGCCUGGCCAUCCAGCAGAGGGUGCUGAUAGCACACAAACCUGGAGUUUUUAAUUAUAGCCGUUUAACCUUGUGGAAACCUGUUUGGAUGGAUAGGUGUGUGCACUUUUUAUUAAACAAAGGUACUGAAAUGGUCCAAUUCUGGAGUAGAAAAUUCAUUGAGGUGGGUUGUUGCAGUGAUUUUCUUGGGAAUAGGGAGAAAGGAAAUCUGUUCAGUAGUCAGUUUUAUUUUGAAGAUUCUACUUGUGAUGAGUUAACUAGUUCUGGAUCAUGUAUGAUUAAAAUGAGCAGGCACAUAUUGAGCCUGUUUCUUAAUUCCUGGUUUGUUACAUUGCUGGAUUUCUUUCUUUUUUUAAAGACAUUUGCUGGACAUUGCACGAGAGCUUAUAAUAAUCAAAAAGAAACUAAACUCAAAACAGUGAACACUGUUGGUUUUAGUUUUUGCACAACAUCAGAAAGCUUAACAAGUUGGUGGUACAUUCCAAUUGUAUAGUUGUUGAAACAAUUCUUUCAGAGCUCUGCUUUUGCUUUAUUUUCAUGUUUUCAACAGCAUUGAACACUUGCAAUCAAUAAAUAACCAAUAGCAAAA